AUGGAGGAUAAAGAGAGGGUUAUGCAGCAGGGACCGUAUACAGCUAACAAUAGGCCUAUGAUUCUAAAGGACUGGGAUCCAACUUUCCAGAUCAAAGAAGAAUCUAUGAGAAUUGUACCACUGUGGGUCAAUUUUCCACGUCUGUCUAUCCAAUGUUGGAUUGAGGAAAACCUAGGAAGGAUUGCUAGCCUUCUAGGUAAGCCAAUUUGUACUGAUAGGCUAACUGCGGAUUGUGAGAGGGUCCCCUAUGCUAGAGUUCUAAUUGAUAUGGACAUCACACAGCCUCUACCAAAGGAAGUCCACAUUGAGAUACCUGGUCAAAAAAGCUGGAUUCAAAUGGUGGAAUUUGAGUGGAAACCAAAAUUCUGCCUAGAGUGCAACAACUUUGGGCAUGAGAAAGGAAAAUGCCAACAGAUGGAGGAACAGAAAGAAGAAGUCAAACAGAAAAGAAGAAGAAAGAAGAGGAAAAUGAUAUGGAAGCCAAAGGAAGUAAAGGAACAACAAACAGAUAAUACUGCACAGGAGGAGAAACAGGAGCUAGACAAAGGCAAGCAGAAGAUGAACACACAAAAUUUGAAGCAUAAGGAGAUCAAUUAUGAGGAGCUAGCAAAUAGAUACAGGUUUGCACCACUGAUGAUAAAAGAGAAGCCACCUGAACAGACUGUGCAUGCAGAUACCAGAAAUGAAGCAGGACAAAGGAGCCUAAACAGCACUCCUAAUGCUCAACCACCAUGA